AUGUCCGGAAUAAUUUAUGAAAACAGGGGAGUAAAUACGGAAUACACGGAUGUCUUUUCUAGCCUGGUAGAAGACCUGAAGAACGAUGUUCUAUCGUUACAACUCACAAACUUCGAUGACGUAAACCAUUUGUACAAGACAGAAGGAAGAUGCUCUAUGAAUGUAAAGGAUCUGGAGGAUUACACAGAAAGCACCCAAGUAAAGAAUAUCGAUUAUAAUGGCCAAAAAUACAUUUUCAUGAGAGCCAUCAGUGAUGAUGCACAACCUUCUUUGAUAUUUAUCAGCGUGGAUGGAGACGAAAGAGGACGAAAAAGAGGACUGCUGGUGACAUCCUUCUGUGAAAUCCUCAAGAUGAUUGUUACUUUCGAUUAUCAGGUUGCCAACAGCGUAACAGCCAGGAUCUUCAAGGUUCUUGAAGAAUAUUCUUGCGAAGAGGAGUGA